AUGGCUGCCCAAGCCGAACAGCAUUUGUCGCCCCAGGAGAAUACGCCAAUAGCAGCACCAGAGGAGCCAUCAGCCAACACAGACGCUCCUCCCUCUGGCAUUACGCAAAGCGCGCCAGAAAACCUUUAUCACACGACACUGACAAUCACCGAACACCACGAGUCGACCUCUGGAGCCACCCGCACCCCUUAUGUCCUGGGAACCCACACCGAUCUGGACUCCGCAAAAGCCUGGGCCCAGGUGGCCCUGAAAGAGUCGCUCAACUACUCGCCUUCGGAUUUCACCAAGUUUGUCACCCAGUCGAGCCUCCAUCCGUAUCAGGAAUGGCCCUACGGCGACAACAUUCAGGUGUACGCCCUGUCCCCCUCGGGACAGGAAUUCCUCGUCGGCGUCGUGACCAAGCCCAACGAGGACAAGCUGCCUCAUCACUCCCACCCCGGAGAAGGGAAAGAGGGCGCCGGCCCGACGGUCCCGCAGCACGAGACGGAUACCUGUUGUGGACAUGACGAUUUGCAUUACAUCUUGCAGACAAAACGGGAUUUCAAACAUGCCAAAGGGGACAAGAACAGCAACGCGUUUCAGCGGACCGAGCUGGCGGGUUGCUGUGUGCCCCGGAAGGAGGCGUUUGAAAAGGCCAAGAGCUUGCUGCGCGGGGAGAGGGACCGGGGCAUGUUUGCGCAGUAUGACGAGCGGGAGACGGGGGAUGAGGAGAGCGAGAUUGACGAGAGGAGGUGGGGGAAGGGGUCGGGGUGGCCGUUUGGGGAGGAGGUGGUUGUUCAUGCUGUUGGGCACGGUGGAGAGAAUUAUGAGGUGGCUGUCAAGUCUGUCAGUGGGGCGAAGAGGAGGAGGAGUAAGCCUCGUCUGGAGAUGGGGGAGAUGGAGCGUUGA